AGAUUCUUCCCAGCUCCAACAGUAAUCCUGCGAAUCACAGCGGAAGAUGAGAAAAUGUGCUGUUCUGAGAGCAUGUGCUGAUGGAGGUGCUAAUCGCUUGUAUCAUAUAACAGAAGGAAACCAUGAAAGCUUUUUGCCAGAUUAUAUCAGUGGGGACUUUGACUCCCUUAUGCCUGAAGUAAAGGACUAUUAUGCAGUCAAGGGAUGUGAGAUCAUAGAGACCCCAGAUGAAGACCUAACAGAUUUCACCAAAUGCCUUCAAAUAUGCCAGCAGAAGAUAGAAAAGAAAGCCAUGCAGAUCGACGUGAUUGUGGCUUUGGGGGGACUUGGAGGUCGCUUUGACCAAACCAUGGCAUCUGUGGAGACUCUCUUUCAUGCAACUAAGAUAACACCUUUUCCAGUCAUAGUUAUUCAGGAGUGUUCCUUGAUAUACCUUCUUCAGCCUGGAAAGCACAAACUCCAUGUAAAUACAGGACUAGAAGGAGAGUGGUGUGGUCUCAUUCCUGUUGGGAACCGCUGCGAUUGUGUUAUCACAACAGGACUAAAAUGGAACCUUAAUGGAAGUGUUCUACAGUUUGGUACACUUGUUAGCACUUCAAACACUUAUGACAAAUCGGGGAUUGUGACUGUUGAAACGGACAAGCCUUUGCUUUGGACAAUGGGCAUAAAAGAUGAAGGAUCUCCUUAGAAGGCAACCAACACCUAUUUCUCUUAAACAAGGUCUUAAUGAGAAAUUUCUUGGAAAUUUGUAUAACAAAUGCUGAAUUACAUGUGAUGCAGUUACAAGUCAUUCACAGUACUUUUUUUCAAAUUACACUUUGGCUUUUAAUGAAAUUUUCAUCUUAUCACAAGCAGGUUUUACUGAAUGUCUUUAUACUGUACUGAUGCCAUAAUUUACGAGCUUUCAAAAAAAA